AGCCAAUCGCGAGCCUCAGAAAUGACAUCAUUGUUAUUUUCAGGGAGCUGCAGCUCCGAGGUGGAUAAAGUUCGUCUCCACGUUGGACGCGAUCGAAAGAAAGUAGUUUCCCAAAUCACGCACUGUUUCGCCCCAGUUUCAAGACGAGGAUCCAGAAACGAAGGAUAUUCGUACGUACAUUUUGUGACUGGUGGUGGGGAAGAACGACGCCUUUUUUUUUUUUCCCCUCGAACCGCUGAUCGCGCGGUGAGCGAGGGGCAAAGUUUUGUCGGGACGCGAAGUUGUCAAACCGUCCGAACUUGAACAAAAGGCGAGCGAAGGCGAGUCCUAUGCGAGCAGCCGGACUAGUUGAGAGGUGAGAAGGCCUUUUCCGAAAGCGACGCAAACUUCAUGUCCGGCAAAAUGGAGGCGACGUUCUACGACGACGCAGUUUCCGUGAACGCGUCCAACCCCGAGCACGACGCGGCGAGGCUUUACGGCUUGAACACCACCAAAGCCCUCAAGCAGUCCCUGACGCUCAACCUCAACGAGGCCCGGACCUUCAAGCCCCAACUGGGCUCCAAGGCUCUGGACAUCCUGACGUCGCCCGACGUGGGCCUGCUCAAGCUGGCCUCCCCGGAGCUGGAGCGCCUGAUCAUCCAGUCGUGCACGGGCCUGACGACCCCCACCCCGACCCAGUUCGUCUGCCCCAAGAACAUCAGCGACGAGCAGGAGGGCUUCGCCGAGGGCUUCGCCAAGGCGCUGGCCGAGCUUCACUACCACCAGAUGAGCGCCGGCCCCCCCGAGACCACCGGCUCCGCGUCGGCGUCCGCGCCCGACUCCGGCCACAACCCUUACAGCUGCACGGUGCGCCCCGAACCUCCGGAGUACACCGACCUGGCCGGCUUCCGCCGCGGCGCCGCGUCCGCCGACGACAGGCAGCCGCCCGCCGGUUACCCGGCGCCCCCGCCCGCCGCCCGCGUCGAGCGCUCCAGGCUCCGCUCCCUGAAAGAGGAGCCGCAGACGGUGCCGGAGAUGCCCGGCGAGACGCCGCCGCUCUCCCCCAUCGACAUGGAAAACCAGGAGCGGAUCAAGGCGGAGAGGAAGCGCAUGAGGAACCGGGUGGCCGCGUCCAAGUGCCGCAAGCGGAAGCUGGAGCGGAUCUCCCGGCUGGAGGACCGCGUGAAGAGCCUGAAGAGCCAGCACACGGAGCUGGUGUCGUCCGCCAACGUCCUGCGCGACGAGCUGGCCCUGCUCAAGCAGAAGGUCAUGGACCACGUCAACAGCGGCUGCCAGCUCAUCCUGACGCAGCAGCUGCAGGCCUUCUAGUCGCGCGGGAGGGGGGGGGGGGGGGGGACGGGCGGACCAAAUCGGGCCCGAAGCGGUCGUCCCGUCAGCUCAGGCACUUUCCACUUGCAACUUUUCAAUGACGAUACGAAUACGACGACGCAGAAGUCGGGACGAAGCAUGACGUCACAGCCCUUACGUAUUUCCUAACUCGUUUUUCGUUUGUUUUUUUUUUAAAUUUUAUACUCCAUCCAAUACUGAGGUGGGAGCGCCCGCCGACAUGAUGUCAAUGAAUAAUAACACGACGUGCACUUGUACAGUUGAAACACUAACCAGGUCGAAGCUUCUCCUGCACUCAGGUGUGACGCGUUUACCGACUUAACCCGCCUUACUUAAGUCUCUUCAUUAAUCCUCACAUCGAUGCAAUUUUUGGGAUCCAGGUCAGACGUGGAGUAAUAUUUGUACGCCCGUUUUUUGAGCACUUCACAAUUGUACAUACGACGAAAUAAAAUGUUGACCUCGA